UGGUGGCCUCCGGGACGCGCCGCUGAGCUCAGGGAGGGAAGUUAGCCUAGGUGCAGCUUCGGCUCCUCGGGGGCGGCGGCUCCUCGGGCUCCUGCUUAUUGGGAGUCUGGAUGAUGGGAGACGAGAUGGAUGCGCUUAUCCCCGAACGGGAGAUGAAGGAUUUUCAGUUUAAGGCACUGAAGAGGGUUCGAGUCUUUGAUGCCCCUGAAGAGAUGCCCAGAGAGCGCUGCAGUAUGCUUGCUGUGUCUAAUAAGUAUGGUCUGCUGUUUGCUGGAGGAGCCACCGGCUUUCGGGUUUUUCCUACCAAAAAUCUUCUUAUUCAGAAUCGGCCAGGGGAGGAUGCCAAUAAAAUUGUUGAAAAAGUUCCAAACAUACUAAUCCCUAAAUUCCCAGUGUACCACUUGGCUUUGAGCUGUGAUAAUCUGACACUCUGUUGUAUGACGUCCAGUGAAUUUGGCCUUAUUGUUUUUGAUGUUCGCACAUUCUCAAAUGAGGCUAAACAGCAGAAACGCCCAUUUGCUUAUCACAAACGGAUGAAAGAUGCUGGUGGCGUGGUCGUCGAUAUGAAGUGGAACACUACCAUCCCCAGCAUGGCAGCAGUUUGUCUGGCUGAUGGGAGUAUCGCAGUUCUACAAGUCACAGAUGGAGUGAAAGUAUCUGCAAGCCUUCCACCAACUGUGGAUAUGUUGAGCCCUAAAGGGAAGCAGCUUGCUGUAGGAAAACAUAGAACUGUGAUCCAGUAUCUCCCUGUAAAAAAAGUAAUUCCUUGUCCUCCAUUUUAUGAAGCAGAUCAUCCUGUAAGAGUUCUCGAUGUGCUGUGGAUUGGUACAUAUGUCUUCUCAAUUUGUAUGCAGCAGCUGAUGGGACCUUGGAAACUUCCCCCUGAUGUGGUGAUGACUGUACUACUGUAUAAAAAAGAAGAUAAGCAUCCAGAGAUAUUUGUGAAUUUCAUGGAACCUUGCUAUGGCAGUUGUACUGAAAGACAGCAUCAUUACUAUCUCAAUUAUAUUGAGGAAUGGGACCUAGUACUAGCAGCCUCUGCAGCCUCGACAGAAGUCAGCAUCCUUGCCCGACAAAGUGAUCAGAUUAACUGGGAAUCCUGGCUUCUGGAAGACUCUAGCAGAGCAGAACUGCCUAUUACUGAUAAGAGUGAUGAUUCCCUGCCUGUGGGUGUUGCUAUAGAUUAUACCAGCCAAAUAGAAAUAUCCAUCAGUGACGAAAAGACUCUUCCUCCUGCUCCAGUUCUGAUGGUACUUUCAACAGAUGGUGUGCUUUGUCCAUUUUAUAUGAUCAAUCAAAAUCCUGGUCUCCGGUCUCUGAUCAAGGCCCCAGAACAACUUAUUAUAGAAGGAGAACGACAACCCAAAUCAUCAGGAAGUACUCCCACAACCCCAACUUCCACUCAGGCCCCUCUGAAGCUUGAAGCAUCACCCACUCUAACUCCAGCUCCAGCUCCUGCUCCUUCUGCUCCUGGUUCUGCCCCUUCCUUAACCCUUCCCACAUCAACUACUGCUUUCAUUCUGCCUACAGUCACUCUCCCUGCUGCCACCUUCCCAUUUGGCUCUUCGUCCUUGAAAUCAUCCAGUUUGAUGUCAGGCGAUCCUCCUCCUUAUCCCUUUUCCUCAGACAGCUCCAAACCAACCCUAAGCUCUGCUGUAACUAGUGCACCAGGCUUCUCUUUUACACCUCCCUCAAAAGCUCCCCUGGCCUCAGCCCCUUCCUUAGCCCCUAUGACUUCUGCAUCUUCCUUCUAUUUUGGAUCUCCUGCUUUUAAGCCUUCGGUGGAGAAUACUACAGUGGCUAGCACGUCUACUCCACACAUAGGGGCAAAGACAUCUUUCCCACCUACAUCGUCUGCAGCCAAAGUCAACCUGAAUGAAAACUUUCCUGCUGGAGAGUCCUCUACUCCCAUCAGCAGUUCCCAAAGCAGCUCCUCAAUGCUGUCAUUUUCCUCAGCCUCUAAAUCAGCUUUAGCUGGCCCUGUCAGUCAAUCCACGCCUCUCUCAUCUUCAUCUAGCUCGGGAUCAGCAAAGUCGUCCGUAUCUCCCUCUGUUUCAGGACGCUCUUCCCAGAGCAGUCCAGUAUCCUCAAUGGUGCAGAAAUCGGCCAGGAUCGCUGCUCCAGUGGCAAAGUCAAGUACAGCCCAGGCCAAAUCACCACAGCCUUCCAAUGUGAUCGAAAAGCAGCAGCAUCAGUGGAAAGAUUCAGACCCUGUGAUGGCUGGAAUCAGUGAGGAGAUUGCACAUUUCCAAAAGGAGAUGGAAGAGCUAAAAGCCCGAACAUCCAAAGCCUGUUUCCAAGUUGGUACUCCUGAGGAGAUGAAGAUGCUGCGGACAGAAUCAGAGGACUUGCACACCUUUCUCCUGGAGAUUAAAGAGACAACAGAGUCUCUUCAUGGAGAUAUUAGCACCCUGAAGACUACCUUGCUAGAGGGUUUUGCAGGAGUUGAAGAGGCAAGAGAACAGAAUGAAAGAAAUCAUGACUCCGGAUAUCUUCAUUUACUCUAUAAGAGACCACUGGAUCCUAAGAGCGAAGCUCAGCUUCAGGAAAUUCGGCGUCUUCACCAGUAUGUUAAGUUUGCUGUCCAAGAUGUGAAUGAUGUUCUAGACCUGGAGUGGGAUCGACAUCUGGAAGAGAAGAAGAAACAAAAGCGCCUGCUUGUUCCAGAGCGAGAGACACUAUUUAAUACUCUUGCCAACAACCGGGAAAUAAUCAACCAGCAGAGGAAGAGGCUGAAUCACCUGGUGGACAGUUUACAGCAGCUCCGACUUUAUAACCAAACCUCUCAGUGGAGCAUACCCAGUGAAAGCCCUUCUCAGAACACGACUCAGAGUUUUGACAGUGACCUUGAAAGCCUGCGCAAUGCUUUAAUGAAAACCACCAUUGAAUCUCACACCAAGCCACUACCCAAAAUACCGGCUAAACUAUCCCCUGUGAAACAGGCACAGCUGAGGAAUUUUUUGGCCAAAAGGAAGACCCCACCAAUAAGAUCCACUGCACCAGCCAGUCUCUCCCGAUCAGCCUUCCUGUCUCAGAGAUAUUAUGAAGAUUUGGAUGAAGUGAGCUCUACAUCUUCCAUUUCCCAAUCACUGGAGAAUGAUGAGCCACAAAUUCUAUAUCAAGAUGAGGAUGUGAUAGUCCAAAUCCCUCGACGGGCCCCGCUGGUUCGUACUUCUUCUGUCCAGCCCACCAUCUUGCCUCAAGCUCCUCUGUUCACAAAAACUCAUCUGCCACUCAGCUCUUCUCCUAGUCUGGUAGGAGGUCUAAUGUCUACAUCUACCAACAAAAUUGUUCCACAAGGGGCUGACAGCACGAUGCUUGCAACCAAGACUGUGAAACACGGGGCACCAAGUCCCUCUGUCACCAUCUCAGCCCCACAAGCAGCUGCCGCCGCUGCCCUAAGACGGCAAAUGGCCAUUCAAGUUCCAGCUGUGAGCACCUCCUUGACAGAGUCAACUCUGAAGAAUGUCCCUCAAGUAGUCAAUGUGCAGGAAUUGACGACCAGUUCCCCAAUUCCCUCUGCAGCAUUGGGGUCACCAGCACCACAGUCAGCAGCCAAAACGGCUCUCCAGUUGUUUGCUACAGUAGCUGCCAAUCAACCUAAGCAGGGGUCUCUCAUAAAUUCCAUCAAGACACAGUCUCCACCUGGCACUACACAAAUACCAGCAAUAGUCACAUCUGGCCAGCUAUCAGCUGGUGACAAAGUCUCAGGUCCAGGGACAACCAAGAUGGAAACAACUGUGACUUCGACUUCAUCAGCAGCUGGACAGUUCAACAAGCCAUUUUCGUUCUCUUCAUCAGGGACUGGCUUUAAUUUUGGAGCAAUAACAUCAGCACCACCUUCUAACUUCACUGUCUCACAAGUGACAUCUGCCACAACGAAAGAGCCAAAUCUAUACGAUACGUUCUCAUUUAAUCCAGGGAUCUUGCAAGCAGCCAGCAGCGCUGGAACAGCAUUCAGCUCUUCUGGAGAUGUGGCCUCCUCUAAUAAACCAGCAACACUGGCGGCAGCGGCAGCAGCCACUUCCACAACAUCUAGCAAGCCUGAUGCGUCUCCCCUAAAGCUGGGCGAGCAUCUGUUUCCAAAUUCCUUGGCUGGAGAAACACUGGGGAGUUUCUCAGGACUGAGAGUUGGCCAGGCAGAUGAUAAUGCAAAAGCCUCCAGUAAGAGCCCGUCCAUAAACUUACCCAGUGUGCAGCCUGCCAAGAUGUCCACCAUAACUCCUGAAUUUAGCUUCAGCAGCUCUUCCCUCUUAGGGAAGCCCAUGGAGGCCCCCGUGACCUCAACCAUGACCACCACAACAGUGACAACGUCGGCCAGCACAGGCCUGAGUAGUUCCACGGGUAGUUUAUUUGGUGGCCUCCAGCUCACCAGUUCAGGAGCCUCAGGGGCUCUGAAUCUGGGUGGGACCUCUUUGAGUGGCAGCAAGCCCACUUUUUCAUUUGGACAGACUGGCAGUACAAUGCCCCUCCCUUCAGCAACACCUGCUCCAACCACUGCCCCCCCUGCCACCCUCCCUGUGACAGCACCUCCUUUAUCAUUCAGUAAUCUCUUGAGUCCACCCUCUGCUCCUGUCCUUCCUGGGUCCCCUGGAAAAAGCACGGGAGAUGCCAAAUCCUUGGCAUCGUCCGAGAAGCCAGGGGACAAUGAGGUACCAGGCUCCUCUGUCCCUGCACUUGCAGACCAGCAGCAGCCACCGCCACCUGACCAACCUCCAGCCCCAGGGCCACCUCUGGAAGUGGUUAAAAAAGAGCCCCCUGUUCUGUCCCCUGUGGCAGGGGACUCCAGUAUUUCUGCAGCCAGUGGCCCUGGGGCACCUUCCACAGAAGCCAGCGGGGCAACCACAGGCAUUUCUGAAGCCAAAGCCAAGCCCGAGGCAUCUUCCAUGUCCACCUUGGCGCCUGAGCAAAGUGCAGCGACGUCAGCCUCUGCCUCAGGUGUGACCCAGGGGGCUGUGGCCUCUCCUGGUGCUCCACCCCCCUCCAGCACUGCGGCUUCUAUGGCCCCAAGCCCAGCUGGGUUUGGGGCUGCCGCUGCGGGAGCACCUGUGUUCCCACCAACCCCCACCACCAGUUCUACAGGUUCUGCCUUCAGCCAGCCAGCCAGUGACACCACCUCUGCCCCUUCUGCUGCCUCUGUGUUUGGACAGUUGGCGGCUACCUCAGCACCUACGCUGUUUGGGCAGCAGACAGGCAGUGCAGCCACAACUACGACAGCCACAGCCCAGGUGUCUAGCCCAGGGUUUGGGAGUCCAGCGUUUGGCACCACUCCCGCUGGGGGCUUUGGGCAGGCAGCCUUUGGGCAGGCACCUGCCUUUGGACAGCCUGCGAGCAGCUCUGCAAGUGGGUUUUCAUUCAGUCAGACCAGUUUUGGCUCAGCACCUGCCUUUGGGCAGUCUGCCUCAUCUACUACUGCUGUCAGCAGUGGGAAUGUCUUCGGCGCUUCCUCUAGCACCAAUAGUGCCAGUUCCUUCUCUUUUGGCCAGUCUUCUGCCAGUACUGGCAGCAGUCUUUUUGGGCAGAGCAAUCCUCCAGCCUUUGGGCAGAGCACAGGCUUUGGCCAAGGAGGCUCUGUGUUUGGUGGUGCUGCAGCCACCACGACCACCUCAUCAUCUUCUGGCUUCAGCUUUUGCCAGGCUUCAGGCUUUGGUUCCAGCAACACAGGUUCUGUGUUUGGCCAGGCCGCAGGGACUGGAAGCACUGUCUUUGGCCAGCAGUCAUCAUCUUCCAGUGGAGGCUUGUUUGGGUCUGGAAGCACUGGAAGAGGGGGGGGUUUCUUCAGUGGCCUUGGAGGAAAACCCAGCCAGGAUGCCGCCAACAAAAACCCAUUCAGCUCAGCCAGCGGGGGAUUUGGAUCUUCAGGCACCCCAAAUACUUCUAACCUUUUUGGAAACAGUGGGGCCAAGACCUUCGGUGGAUUCUCUGGUUCAUCAUUUGGAGAUCAAAAGCCCACAGGCACAUUCAGUUCUGGAGGAGGGAGUGUAGCAGCACAAGGUUUUGGAUUCUCUAGUCCAACCAAAGCAGGUGGCUUUGGUGCUGCUCCAGUGUUUGGCAGCCCUCCUACUUUUGGGGGAUCCCCUGGGUUUGGAGGGGUGCCAGCAUUCGGUUCAGCCCCAGCCUUUACAAGCCCUCUGGGCUCGACGGGAGGCAAAGUGUUCGGAGAGGGGACUGCAGCUGCCAGCGCUGGAGGAUUUGGGUUUGGCAGCAGCAGCAAUACAACUUCAUUCGGCACCUUGGCAAGUCAGAAUGCACCCACCUUUGGAUCAUUGUCCCAACAGACUUCGGGGUUUGGGACACAAAGCGGUGGAUUCUCUGGUUUUGGAUCAAGUGGAGGAGGGUUUGGCUUUGGAUCAUCCAGCACGUCGACCCCAGGGUUUGGUGGAUGGAGAAGCUGAAGGAAUCCUGUCGUUUCUUUUUUCCGUUCCUGGGAUUGAAUGCAUGCUCACUUCCUCCUCAGACACAAAUCUUGUACCAGCCUUGUAAAGAGCACAUGCUCUCUUUUUUUUUAACCUGAAGAUGCUAAAUGCUUAUUUUUUGUUUUUCUCUAUUAAACUAUUUGGUCUCUUUCUGCACAGAACGCUUGAGGGUUAUUUUCAGUCUACAGUCAGGGAAAAAGGUUUCCACUGUCCUGUGGACCAGAGAAAUUCACCCAGCUUUAGGUCAACCUGAGGGAUGACUAGUGUGAUCUUCCCAGUAGCAGUGAAAAUGAGAAAUAGAAUAUUUACAUGUAAGGUAUUAGACAGGAACUGUUUUUUGGCUUGUUUUUAAACUUAAUUUUUCAGAACAUGUCUUGGUCUUUCCUCUCUGUGCCCUCCCAAGGAGUACCCUAGGGUACUACCUUCAUGUUGAAAGGAAAAACUCACUUUCAAUUAAAAGUAAACAUCAGGACAGAAUACAGAUACAGCAGCACCUUUAAAUAAAGUUAGGUGGGGAGCGAAUUUGAUGAAUCUGCCGAUUCUCAGUGAAAUGUCAUAUUAAUAUGCCUGCUAGUGCUUCACUUCUUUCUUGGUUUAUGUAUCUGAAAUCCUUGGAGAGCAUUCCAGAAAGGAUUUUGGCCUACUUCCAGACCCUACAUCUCUUUUUUUCUUCCUAUCUAUCUCCCACUUGGCUAUUGACAUCCCUAGCAAACAUGUAGUAGGUGGGUCCCAUUUUCUGAUAGCCAGUCACUCCUCAGUGGUUUGUGUCCAGUAGAUAUUGGGAGAACAUGAAGAAUUAAAACUUGCUUCAUUGAAAAAACUUCAUGUUGCUUUUUGAAGAAAGGCUGUGGCCUAUUUGUAUUACACUGUUGACCUCCAACAGUCUCUAAUGGGCCCAGGCAAGAUCUGGGACACUGUGUGUUCAUUCCUAUCUCUUCCUCAACUUGGACAAGACAGUUGGUUGAAAGGCCAGCUUUUAUCUCUGUGAUUCAGUGACCUUGGUAGCUACUCCUAACAAACCCCUUGAGGACCACUGUGCCAGAUGGGUGUCCUUGGAUAGAGAAACUGGAAUUAAGAAUACUGGGCAAACUCACAUAUAUUAACCACUCCAUCUACAGAACUGGGGAGCUGAAAUAAACAAAGGGAAUAAGAGUAGCCCUUUCUAAGCACUUCUCACAACAGCCCUUGGAGGAAGCCCACUGUGAACAUGACUGUGAUCUCUCUGUUCCCUUUUUGAUCUGACAGUCACUCUGUGAAUAGGAGCCUGUUUGUGCAUCAUGGUUGUUGUAUCUGAUGAUGUCUGUGGUCAUAAUCUUAUGUUUAUGAAGGGAGUUGUUUCCCACACUAGAAUAUCUUUCAGGCCUGGGUGUUUCUGUUUCCCAGGUCCUUAUACAUUUGCUAUUUUACCAGACUCCAGGGGGGAGGCCUAAGAGUAACACCAAAGGGGAAGAGGUAAAGAAGGUUCCCUUGGGCACUCAGUCUGAGAAGGUUGUGCCAUUAGAGUGGAGAAAAAGAAAUCCUUUAGGUUUUUACAUGUCGGUGGAAAACUGU